AUGGACGCAAACCUGUGCCCAAUAGAUCGCCCACCACUGUUACGAAAACAGCAUGGACAGAUUGAAAUUCAACAACUUGAUUCCCCACAGGUUAUAACCAACAAGAAGGUGAUCCAGAAGGCACGCGCACAGACCAUCGCCAAGCUCGUCCAGAAGCUGCGAAAGACCAAAGAUGUUCUGGCCAAAAAUCCGGACAGUGAAAAGGAGAAGAUUCGUCUGCGCAAAAACAGCGAAUGCCUUUCCCAGUUGAAGGCGCUGAAAUGUCUGGACAUAGUGCGUCAAUCGCUCCUCCAAGAGGGCACAAAUCCAAAUGCAGUGAUCGCCAACGAGCGCUCUACUCCGGAUGAACUGGGCAUCGCCAUGCUGCGGCUAAACAAAUUGAUGCACGGACUGGUGGACACUUUCGUGGAGACCCUCAAGCUGACCACCGAUAAGGAGGCCAAGUGGCGGGAGGAGAUCCUGGAGACGAGCAAGCGACGGGUCAAAAUAGAACGCACUGAGGAGCGAAAGAGGAAACGCAAGGAGCUCAAGGAGCAGAAGGCUCAGACCAAGAACAGAUUAGAGUGGUUGGAGCAGAACAAAGUACCCGGAGCAGAGGUUCCACCAACGGCAGCGGAGGAUACAUCUACUAUAGAAGGAGCCCAGGUGGAAAAGCAAGAGACUUCCGAGAUUGAGACUCCAGCCAAAACAGAGAAACCUACAGCUCUUAACAAAGAGAAAAAGGACAAGAAAGUGGCCAAUAAGGAGAAGAACCUAAGGAAAGACAAACCUUUUUCCAAAAAAGAUGAGAUGCCUGGACCAGCGACUCCUAAGCCAGUUUUCAACAAGGAAUCCGUUGAGAAAGUUAAUGAAAAUAGCACAAAACCCCAAAAAGAAGUCAAACCAAAAGAACCCAAACCAAAACCCGUGGAAAGAAAGCCAGCCAAGGAACAGAAGCCCAAACCUCGACCAGAAAGGCAGCCUAGCAUUGAGGAAGAUGAAGAGGAACCCACUCCUGACAGCAAUCGUCCCACACAUGUGGUCGAUCCCUUCUUCAUCACGGAAUCUGGACAGCCCUACUUGUCCACCGCGGUGGUUCUUUCCGGGGACAAUGACAGCGAAGCUGAAGAGGAACAAAAACCACCGCCAGUCAAAAAGUUCCGCCACGAAGAGCGACGGACAAAUACAUACCGUGAAAGACCCGAGAGACAGCAAGAGUUCAAAGCGAAAAAGCCAACUGACGACCGUCAUCCCUCCUGGCUGGCCAAGCAGCAGCAGAAGCCCAUCAUCGGUGACUUUAAGGGCAAGAAGAUCACAUUCGGCGAUGAUGGUCAGGCGGCCGAAAUCACUGCUCCCAAAAUCAAUCAUUCAACUGCGACCGCACCUCCUUCAUCCACCGACGGCAUGCAUCCGUCUUGGGUGGCCAAACAGAAGUUCAAGCCCAAAAUCGCCGCCUUUCAGGGCACCAAGAUUAAGUUUGACGAUGAAUAAAGAAUGUUAAUAGUA